AUGUCACUGUUAUUACCACCCAUCAACUCGACUCUCGUCGCCACCAUCACCCCGAUCCACUUUCAACCCCCUUUUUACCACACAUCUCGAGCCUCUGUCCUUCCCUUUAUAGCAGAUAAGUGGCUCUCACUGGCAGCCCCGAUCAUCGGAUACUGGGUCUGGUCACUCUUAUUUCACUACCUCGAUACGGCCAAAUGGCCAUACUUUGAGUCAAAGAGGAUUCACGAGUCACCAGAAGUGCUGUCCCGGAAUAAGGUCACCGUCUCCGAGGUGGUCAAAGCGGUCUUAGUGCAACAUGCCAUCCAAACCGGUCUAGGGAUAUUAUGGUUUGAAAAGGAAGAGGACAUUCUCAGGCGCGAAGUUUACGUGGAUCACAUGGCCAAGAUGGCGUGGCUAGCGCCCUACGUGGCCAGAGUCGUCUUUGUCAUUUGUGGUCGAUCAGGAGAAGAUAUACUCAAGCGACACGGUCAGUCGUUGGUGCAAUGGGUGUACUGGUGGGGAAUACCAACAGUUCAGCUCCUUUGGGCCUUCUUCAUCAUGGAUACCUGGGAGUACUUUUGGCAUCGAGCAUGUCAUACCUCGACAUUCCUCUACCGUAAUUUCCACUCGGUCCACCAUCGACUCUAUGUGCCAUAUGCCUUUGGUGCGCUGUACAACCACCCUUUGGAGGGACUCGUCUUUGACACCAUCGGUGCUGCCGUAUCUCACUAUCUGUCUGGCAUGACGAUGCGCCAGGCCAUCGUAUUCUUUGUCAUAUCCGAGGUCAAGACCGUCGACGAUCACUCGGGUUACAAACUCUGGUGGGAUCCGUUCCAAUUCCUGUUCGCCAACAACUCCGACUACCAUGACAUACAUCAUCAGGCCUAUGGUAUCAAGACAAACUUCUCCCAGCCAUUCUUCACCAACUGGGACAAGAUCCUUGGCACAGAAAUGACCCGAGAACAGGCCGCAAAGAGGACACGGCGGCCUAUCAAGGUCGAGUAA